CUUUUUUAAUUUACCUGAUAGAAGAAGAAUAUAUAAUUUCAACGUCGUAACACCUCACAACUCCUUCUCCCCCUCAUUGAUUUGUCAUGCAAAAUACCAAACUCAAGUGCUUCCCUGUGGCACUGUUUGCAUGACAGAUUCCGGAAGCCCAGACAGUACUACAGUAGGCGCAUGAAUUUGUCAUGCACAGGCUCCACGUGUACUGGUGUUUGUAUUGCUGUCCAUGCAAUACAAAUGAGGGUGAGGGGGAGUUGUGCACUGUCAUACAACUUUCCGAGUUUGUGACGAAAGAGCAAGGGCUGCAAGUAUUUCGCUUCUUCUCGAAAUAUUCAUAUUCAAAUCGCAUAAAGAAAAAAAGACGUCGAAGGCAAAAUAAAAAAGCACGAAGAUGGUUGAACGUUUUUCACCAACAUCCGAAUGCGUUUACGAUUUUCAACUUUCGCGAUUGAUGUAAUUCUAAUUGUAUACCGCAGUUUUGGGAUAUUCGGGUAGCAGAAACCCAAACCCAAGGUAAAAAAACACGCACAUCAGUGGUCUCAGCGUACCGGAUUCCCUUUGUUCCCAGCAAGAUGAUCCAGUAUCCUUGUAUGGGAAGAUCCUCAAAUGUUACAUUGUUUGCUGUCCCUAGGUGCUGAGUUUUGUUUUAUACAAGAAACCAAAAGCGACAGCCGACAGGGUAGCUGUUUGUACUUCUAGGGCCUGCUCGUAUAUUAAUUUUAAUUGCAUAGUACAAGACUUGAUGUGCGAGCAAUUCGAUGCGCUAUUUAGAAGUGCAGCGUCAAGGUCAAGAACUUCUACUUCUUGCCAUGCGAAGCAAUAGCAGCUUGUUGAUCGCGUGGAGGGUGGUAGGAAUUCUGCAUGACAACAAGAAAUCAUGUAAGAACUAAACUUCUAUAGCCAGCAAUGUGAAAACGCUUGAGAGCCCCAUACCUUUUUUGGCAACGCUCUGUCUCCCCCGGGAGUCUGAGGCCGAGAUCGCGAAAUUGCUCAUGUAUGGGGGUGCACAAGUAGAACUCCCCGUCCCCUUCAUUUGCGUGGCAUGAACAGCAAUACUACGUACUCCAGCACACGUGGACGAGCCUGUGCAUGUUGACAAGAUCAAGCGCCAAAUGUAAUUAGCGCUUUUAUUUUUGCUUUCGGAAAUUGUCAUGCAUAAUGGUGACAUACACACAUGUCAAGGGAACAAACUGGAGCUGUGAAUUGUGCACUCCCAUAUCAAAAAGACAACUGAAGCUGUGGGAAUUGGGAAAAAUUGGGAAAAGCCCGAUCGCAAAUUAGUUGAACAAGCGCGAGCCACACUCGAGAACCAGUUAUGAAUUGCAAAUAUGUCUGGGUCGUCUGGAACAACGCUGCAACCGUUUGUGAUGCAUUCCACAGACCACGACGAAAAUUUGUCUUGCGCGGGCAGCACAAGAAGCGCAGUUUUGGCCUGCUAAAACGGUAUGUUUGUCCGUGCGGGAUACUUAUGCAUCGCAAAGCACUUACUCUCACAAGACCUGUGACGCAAUCCGCAUCACAAACUCCUGCACGACCCAUCCAGGCUAGCUACAUGGAAGCAGACAAAUCAAUGAUGGGCGCCGCGUUGUUAAUGCGGUUCAUUUUCUCCAUGCUUAGCCAUGAGGGCGAGCGCCGCUCCGUCCAGGGUGGCCGAGUAGGCGACAGCACGGCCAAGGCACAGCAGAGGCUUGCUUUCAUCUCCUGCGCCAUAUAAAUGCGCGCCAGCUUUUGGCGUGAGGCGGACCGCCGAGGGAGGAGGGGCGCGUAGUGUCUUGCGAACGUCCAAGCCAGCUCCCCCUGGCUUCUGCGCUUGGUCUUAAUGUUGCUGCUGCUGCAAGCGGAAAGCGCAGUCGGAGAAGCCUAAUCUUGCGACCCCCCGCCCCUCCAAAGGCGCAAGAGGCGGCGCGCCUGUUGGCUGCCAUUGGGGCGCCGAGCGAGCGCAGGCGGCGGCGGUUGCUCUUUCUAGCAGCCGAAGACCCGCACUGCGAAAGCAGGCAGUCCAGAUCAGUCCGAGAGACAAACCGGCAGCAAUCCAGGACAAUCCGAAAACAGUCCAAAAAAAUCCGCCAUGUUAGAAUCCAGGCCCAGACUUUUUUGGACUGAAUUUGGUUCGGACUGUGGAUUGGGUUUUUCCGGUCAACUUCAAACGGCGGAUUGGACUUUUCGGACCAACUUCAAACGCCGGAUUGGGUUUUUCGAACCAACUUCAAACGGCGGAUUGGAUUUUUCGAACCAACUUCAAACGCCGGAUUGCAGUCGUCUUUUUGUGAGGUCGUCCCCGCUUCUGCUGGGGCCGGCGCUUCGCGCCGGCGAAUACUGCCCACCUGACUUGAAUGGAGAUCAACGCCUGCUGUAGCCCGGGCGCUGAGCUCUACCUGUCGGGUUGCCCCCUGGUUGCUUGUUGUGGUCGUUGGGCCUGGGCUGCUCGCGCAUUGGGGUCUGAUGGGUCUGCUCGGAGGCAGCCAGGCACGGGCACAUCUGUCGCGUUGCGCCGCUGAAUGUGGCAUGUGCAACAACAGGCGGUGCCCCGGUGGAGGUGUUUCGAAGGUAGAGGCAUGAACGCCCCUGCGACGAGAGCUCCGGGGACCCUUUCUGCCGGCAUGCAAGAGGGGUGGCAGUUUCUAUUUUGGGGGAUUAUGUAUUUCUUACGCAGGGCCGCGGGGGGCGCAGGCACUGGAAUUCGGGUUCUUUGACUGGGGACAUUCGUGGCGGUAUGUCGUUCCAAUUUAGCCUAGGGAGGACUCUAUAAUUGUGUGGCAGGAUUGUUUGCUGGCUGAAGAUUGAGCUCUCCUGUGUUCCAAAGCGGGCUCCUUUGGCGCCGUCGGUGAGGGCUUCGGAGAGCCCAAGCAGGCCGCUCACUCUUAUCUGAAAAGCGCAAUUUCGAAAAUGUUUGAAAUGAGUUUGAAGUUGGUUUGAAAUGGAAUUAGGCCCCGGGCCCGUUUGAUAUAAGCAUGACAAACUCCUGCGCGACCCAUCCAGGCUCAGAUAUAUUUACUUGCGAUCCCAGUUGACGAUGGCCCCGCAUAUCCUGAGCAAAAAGUUCCCACCCCACCAGAGUUGUCACUCAAAUUUGCAAUCACACACGACAGAGAAACACUAUAUAAAUGCGCAUCCACAUCAUGAUAAGAGGCAUUUUCCAUCGUGUUUUGGCAACAUUUGUGAUGCUGUCAGCAGGAAGAUAGAGAGAUGGAUUUGUCAUGUGGGUGCUCUUGCAAAUAACCUGCACUACAAUACAGAGCAAGCCUUGUGGUCAUGCAUGACUCCCGAAACAACUUCUGGAUUUGUGUUGCAGACUUUUCAAUUUCUUGACUCUGGGGUGGGGAUGUUUUCACACAGGAUAGUGCGCGGAAAGCUAGAAGUUCUGCAGACCCUGACAAGAGACGUUUUGGAUGAAAAGCUUGUGCUACGAGACGAGUGCACAAGGCCUCCCCACCCCGAUUUCUUUAAGGGCAUGUGGUCUUCUAGCAACACAAACAAUCAACCUGCAAAAUUUAUCGUAUUUGGAGCUUUAAAAAUGAUUUGCAUGACAAAUUGGACUUAUAAUGCAGUUUUGACUCCUUCCCGAAUUUCAAUUUGACCACAUGGAUCAUAAAAUAAACCUCGGCCCAAGAAGCGGUUGUGCCCGGAUAGGAUUUUUUGACAUUCUGCACGACAAAUGAGGGGGACGAGAGAGAGUUGUGCGUUUUCAUAUGUGCCCCAACUGCUUCUGACCAUACUGCUUCCGGUUCCGAAACUACGACCACGUCCUCUCGCAGAUGGCGGCACUGGAAGUAGGCGGGAAGCGUCUAAACGAGACGAAGGGCUACGUCGUGUACGCCGAAGCUCCUCCCGUUCUGCUCGUGGGCGUUCUAACGCGAAAAGUCCAGCAUCACCAUCUCGCGACGCAGCGGAGCCGCAUGGUCGCAGCAGCAGCAGGAACGGCUCCUCUCCUUCCAGGUCACCCUCGCGGGGUCGCAAGAAGUGCUGCACCCGCCGGAGGUCUAGGUUGGGCGAAACGUCGUGUACACUUUCAUAGGAUGAAAGUGUAACUACUGCCAGAGCCUGUGACCGAGACAAACAUAAUAUCUGAGGCAAACGCCGUAAUACGAUUCCGGUAUCAGCUUCUAGCUAUUGCAGACCCAGCACCACAAAUGUGCGAAGCAGAGAACGAAAACCUCUCGACGCCUCAGGAGGAAGCAAGAUCUAGCUAAGUGUAUAAUGUAUUAGUUUAUUGAUGUAUAAGUUGUACUAUAAACAUGUCUUGUUCAAUGAAUUUGCUUAGCCUUAGGCUACGCAAAUUGCUUGUCGCAGUUCGCUCCGGCUACAGUGACCUACACCUACUUAAACCAGUAUUUUGAUUUUACAUUGCACAAUUCUCCAACUACGCAGCACCUAACUCAUAUUUUACAGGAAAGAAGUUAGCAUCUCGUUGUAGAAGUAUUGACCCCACUUCGUGUGUUUAAAGAGACCUGAGUAGCAAGGCCUUUGAAAAAAGAAUCUACUUGAGUUCUAACACCGGCGCACUCCGCGGCCCCGUCGCGUGGUCAAGAAUUUACAUAUUGAAAGUUGUAUCUCAGCAGUAGUGCAGCUUUACAGUAGUAGAACACCGCGCUGGGGGUAGGUUUUUGGUACGCUUUUUCGCUACAGUUUUAAGAUUUUUUGAACAUACAACUAGUUUGGUGAGGUCAUUUUCUUUUUUGUUCAGUCGCGGCCGAUGGUGGAGGUGCCAGUCUGUCAGGAGGGCACUCGUCGUCCGCCACUGAUUUUGCAGGCCACCAGGGGAGGAGAACAACUACAGUCCACCAAUGGAGGGCUACAGCCCACCAAUAGACUACAGUCUACGACUGGUGGAGUGCAACUACAGUCCUCACGAAUGGACCGUCGAAGAUCAAAAUUAUGAAAGCAAGCCGAGCGCUGAUUUUCUUGGAUCUUUCUGGUCUAUUGUCGGCGCACGGAAAAAAAAAUUGGAAAAAAUCUUCUAACGAACCUGUCUCGACGCAGACGGGAACAGGAACAACGUGGUCACAUACUAUCAUUGGAUAUUAUCGUGCGGACGAAUUGGAAGAUAUUUUCUGCUGCAGAUAUGCAGGCGCGGGUGGCAAAAAUUGCAACAAAAAAACCUCCAGCUCUCCUCGACUAGGG